AUGUGGUCCGUUGGUUGUAUCUUUGCUGAGAUGCUUGGUGGUAAGCCUCUAUUUAAAGGACGAGAUUAUGUUGAUCAGCUGAAUCAAAUAUUGGGAAUUUUGGGUACUCCUGAUGAAGAGACUCUAAGAAGGGUUGGAAGUGAGAGGGCUCAGAUAUAUAUUCGUAGUCUGCAAAAAAUGCCAAAAAAAACCUUUUCACAGCUUUACCCCAAAGCCAAUCCACUUGCCCUUGAUUUACUGGAAAAACUCCUCAAAUUUGAUCCUGCCACAAGAAUUACUGUUGAACAAGCAUUAGCACAUCCAUACCUGGCUGCAUAUCAUGAUGAAGAGGAUGAGGUUGGCAUUAGCAUGGCUUUGUCGGCCCCCGAUCGUGACGCGAUAAACCAAUCCCAGCAACAGAAUAAUCGUAAUUCAAUGCACGAAUAUGGUGCAGCUAGUCAGCAUGCAAUUGUUCCUUCAGAAGAUAUGGAAGUAGAUGAGUUGGAAAAGGAGCUUGGCGGUAUGGCGUGA